AUGUCAAGAACUUUAAUUGCAAUGAACGUUUCUCUUCUUACUGAAUAUCAAACAUUGAUAGACCGCGUAUUUGCUUCCAUCGCUGCAAAUGCAGAAGGAAAGCCAACAGAUCGGCCACCUGUUGAAAUAAUGAAAGAUAUUGUAGAAUUGGACAAAAAAAUGCAACAAGGUCUCGAUCAAAUUGAAGAACAUCAAAGAGUUCACAAAAAGAUUUUACAGGUUAUUAAAGAAAUUGAAAUUGAAAAUAAUGCAAUAAUGGAAUUUGUGAAUGAAUUAAAAAGCGGAAAAGAACAGCUUGAAAUAUGUUUGGACGCAGCAAAUGAAACAAUUGAAGCCAUAAAUUUUGCCUCCGAAUCUUCUGUAACUGCAGAUGAAAUACUAAAGUAUGCAAAUAGAAUCAGUAGCUAUACAUCAGCACCACCAAAUUAUGUAGCUGGAACUUUUGCUGAGCCCCCAUAUCCUGACGAAUCACGCAUGAGGAGAGGCUUUCUGUUUCGACAAGAUGCUGAUAUGAUGUUUGAAGAGGGGUUGCCUGAUGGAUGGGCUAUAAGUCACCCGAGCGAUCCGACCAGUCGUUAG